AUGAAAAAAAAUAGAAUGCGCGGAGAGAGGCGCCCGACGCAAGUCUUGGAUUCGUCUUCGCCAGCUGCCGCGGGUCGUCGCCCGGCUCGUUCGGGCCGCAGGCUUCCAAAACCGGCUCCACACCUGCGGUCCUCGGGCCAGAAGCACCGCCUCCGCGACUUCGCCGGCGACGCCGCCGACCUCCAUCGCGAGCGCGACAACCUCUCCCUCCGCAUGCGCAGCCUCCAGGACGCGCUCCGCCGCGAGGCCGACGCCAACGCGUCCGGCGCCCUCGCGUCCCACCUCCGCCGCAUCUUCGCCGCCCACCCCGCCCCAGCAGCCGCCGCGGCCGAGGACCAGUAGGCCCCUCGCUCGGCCCCACCUUCCUGUUCCGUGAUGAUGCCUUUGUCUGCUCACCCGUGAGGCCUCCGCGUGCGUUGCGUCGGGAGCGGACUCGCAAUCCGCGGCAGCGCACGCGACGUGCUCGUGGAAAUGCCGCACCAGAUUUGCAGCGAGCUGGCUGAGCUGCUAUGGUGUUUAAGUUGUACGGUCUCCUUCAUGUGCUGUUUCAGGAUUGCAUUGAUGCUAGAUCGGUUUUGUUAAUAUGUCAACGACACAUUAUACACUCACAUAGGUUGGCUUCGUACUCUGAUUUAGCAUGUCGAUUGCAAGUUAACCAGCUGAAAUACUCGAGCAAUUUGCGCUUCAUAAAGUCCGGUUUGAGAAAUUUGCCAAGAUUGAAUUA